AAAGAACCCCUCCAGGAACUCCUUCUCAAAUAACAGCACUGACUCUUAUAGGUACAUUGAGAUCAUCAGGGUACAUGACACAGCUUGUUCUAAAGUUCCUCAGUGGAUUAAUUGAGGUUUCAGUUUGUGGCUAAUGUUUAAGUUCUUCAAGUUACUCAUCAUGUCCUCUGAUAGCCUGACGUCCCAUCCAGGUUUCGUUCCUGCUGCUGUGAUAGGCUGUGGCCAUCCAUGAGCCGAAAAUUUCAUUGAGUGGGUCCAGUAAAUGGAUGAAUGGGUGGACUUACACAUUUUCAUUAAAUUACUUUUUAGUUACUUAAAGGUGAACCUUAUCAAAGCUGAACACAUUCAGUGUAAAAGGUUAUAAUGAAGGCAUUUUCAGAUUGAGACUGAUUUGACUGGCAGUAAAGAAAUUGUUUCCCUUUAAAUAAUAUAACAUUUAGCCUUUCAUUAGGAUGCUACUGAAAAGCUAUCAAUACUACAGCCUCUUACUUUCACUGAUUUUCUGUACCCUCGGCAUCUUGGGGAACCACAGCCUGUCAUAACAGCAUCCGUUGUAUGGGUGGCACUGACCUUGAAUGGGACACCAGUUUAUAGAAGGGCUCUCUCAUGCACUCUCCCCAACAGCCAAACCAGAAAAGGCAUAAUGUCACAUUCCCAUGGCUCAGCACAGUAUGUGCUUGGUAUUGAUCUUGGAACAACAUCUGUAAAAGCUGUAUUAUUAGAAUCCAGAUCCAAGAAGGUUGCCAGCAGUGAAAUCAGACCAACUAAGGCAGAAGUCUUAAGUGAUUUAGGACCUCAGGCCAAGGAACAAGAUGUGGGGAGAAUUGUAAAUGCCCUAAAUGAGUGCGUGGCUGUACUACCCAAGGACCAACUGCAGAAGGUGGUCAGGAUAGGCGUCUCCGGACAAAUGCAUGGAGUCGUCUUCUGGAACGCUGAAGCCAUCUGUGACUGGCAAAGCUCCGGCACAAGUCCGAUUUCCAAGGAAAAGACUACCAGUAAUCUGAUCACUUGGCAGGAUGGGCGUUGCAGUGCAGAGUUUCUUGCUUCACUUCCACAGCCAGACUCCCAUCUGAGCCUUGCUUCUGGAUUUGGCUGUGCCACCAUAUUUUGGAUUCUUAAAAAUAGGCCUGAUGUCCUUAAGAUGUUUAGUUCAGCUGGGACAAUUCAAGACUAUGUGGUUGCUAUGCUAUGUAACCAGGAAAGACCGCUGAUGUCUGUACAAAAUGCAGCCAGCUGGGGUUACUUUAAUACUCAGAAAAGGAAAUGGAAUCUGGAAAUUUUGAGGGAUUCUGACUUUCCAGUAUAUCUGCUCCCUGAAGUGGUGGAAUCUGGUAGCAUUACAGGAAAGACCUGUAGGGAAUGGCAUGGAGUGCCUGUCGAAGUUGACGUUGGUGUGGCACUUGGGGAUUUUCAGUGUUCUGUCUACUCAUGCAUGAGAGACAAGACAGAUGCAGUUCUUAAUAUUGGCACAUCAGCCCAGCUGACCUUUGCUCUUCCAUCAACAUUCCAACCUCCAAAGACUCCUGAUUCUUCUUCGCCUCUAUCCUACUUCCCAUAUUUUGAUGGCAGUUAUUUAGCCGUGGCAGCAUCUCUCAAUGGCGGCAAUGUCCUUGCAGUUUUUGUUGAGAUGCUUAAAAACUGGAUUAAUGAACUGGGUUUGGAAGUUAAUGAAUCUUCAAUCUAUUCCUUGUUGACUGAAGCUGCUUUAAAUCAAAGCAGGUCAGAUCUUACAAUCUGGCCAACAAUAUUUGGUGAGAGGCAUGACACAAAGCGUCUUGGCUCAGUGUGUAACAUAUCCACUGGAAACGUAUCACUAGGUCACGUGGGCCGAGCACUUUGCCAUGGAGUGGUUCAAAAUUUGGUGGCCAUGUUGCCACCUACACUGCUUCUGCAAUCAGGGGUGCAGAGGAUCAUGGGAACAGGAAAUGCCCUCUCCAGAAAUGAAGUUUUGAAGCAGGAAAUCGAAAAGACAUUCCCUCUACCUGUGCAAUAUUGUAAUUCGGUGGAUUCAGCUGUAGGGGUGGCUAUGAUAUUUGAUGAUAGAGUGGUUGCAACCCGUCUUGACCAAACUGUUCAAUAAGUGAGUCAACUUUUGCUUUCAAUUAUAUUAAAGAAGGCUUUGGAAAGACUAAUUAUGUAUAAAUUGUCAUUAAUAAAAUUAUAUAGAUAAAAAUCUAUAUGGUUAAUUGUGAUUACCUGGUUUAUACACAUCUUAUUGUGCUUGUCAUGUCAAUGGGUUGUCCUUUCUUGUGAAUUGACUGAUUACAGUUCUUAUAUAGGCCUUAAAGGAGCAUUGUCAAGCUGAAGAUGGAAGUCAUUUGUAGCAACCAGGCUCUGCUGCAAUGACUGAGAGGUGUCAGAUGGAAUACUGCUGUCAGGAAGGUACAUUUUUCAUUUAGAUUUUUAUAUUGCUUAUUUCUGUCUUCUUGCUGGGCAAGUACAUCAAGAUCAGUUAUCAAAGCACUAGCAUUAGUUUUGCCCCAUUUCUUCUCAAAAUAUUUGCUUUCUGCUUUAUAUAUAGAAAUACACUUUGUAUGGAUUCAUUUGUCAGUACUUUGCUUAACCUAAACCUAGACACAGAGAUGUAUUAAAAACAUUUUACUACAUAUCCCAAAUUUGAAAAGUGCCAGUUUACUUUGUUUUUCGGUCAAGCUUUUUUAUUUCACAAAUGCAGAAAGUCAGUACAGGGCAUUUUAUUAAUCACAUAUCAGGGGUGAUGCAAAAUAUAAACUUAUAACUUGGAACAAGCAGAAAACAAAGCCUAGCUGCCCAAACAAGUCUAGUCACUCACCACUUUCCCACAAUCUAAAUACCACAUUGCCUCAAGUACCAAAACAAUCUCUCAAACUAAAAAUUCAAAAACCAUCUAGAUCACUCCCUACUUCUGAUUUACUGGGUGACUCCGAACUAGCAAAUGAACCUGCCUGAGUCCAUCCAUCCAUCCAUCCA